CUAUUACAGCAUUUCAGCCGAAUGAACAUUUUGUGAAUUGACUGGAUGCCGGGUGGUAUAUACGCUCCAAAUUGCGUUGUGGUUGGAGGAGAACACUUACAUUUUGUCAAGGCGAACAAGGGUGGCCGAGACCGAGGCGAGUGCACUUUUCGGGUUUGGAUGCUGAAAUAAUGAGUGGACGAACGUACGCGGGUAGCCUAUAGGAGCGCAUUUGUUAAUAACCGAUUGUUUGACAAUCAGAUGAAAACGUUGACUGGGUUUAUACCACAUUAAAAAGCAUAGGGGGCGUGUCCAUAAGGAUAAUGGUCCUUAUAAAGAGCUCGAGAGGAUUGCAACUCGCCUUCCGAAUUUAUAAGCGAAGUCAUCAUCACUCAGUUGGAAUUAUUGGAGCGCCUUUUUCAAAAGGACAGCCGAGGGAUGGUGUGGAGAAAGGACCAGACCUCAUUCGCUCCGCCGGAUUGGUGGAAAAGCUCAGAGCGCAAGGCUGUGCAGUCAAAGACUAUGGCAACGUGACGUUUGAGGAGGUGGCCAACGAUGAGCCCAUAGGCAAUGUGAAGAGACCCAGAGCGGUGGGCAGCGCCAACCAACGUCUGUCUGCUGCCGUCCACGCCGUGAAGAAUGACGGACACACCUGUGUGAUGCUGGGAGGAGACCACAGUUUGGCGAUAGGCUCGAUCCAGGGGCAUGCAGCAGCUAAGAAGGACCUCAGUGUGGUAUGGGUGGACGCCCAUGCAGACAUCAACACACCCCUGACCUCCCCUACAGGCAAUAUCCACGGACAGCCCAUGUCUUACCUCAUCCAUGAACUGCAUUCCAAGAUUCCAGUUCUGCCCAACUUCUCCUGGAUAAAGCCAUGUGUAUCAGCCAAAGACAUAGUCUACAUUGGCUUGAGAGACGUGGACCCAGAAGAGCACCAUAUCCUGAUGUUGCUGGGUAUCAAAGGUUACUCCAUGACCGAGGUGGAUCGCCUUGGAAUAUCCAAAGUGAUGGAGGAGACGUGUGACUACAUCUUCUCAAAGGUGAAGAAGCCCAUCCAUCUGAGCUAUGACAUCGAUGCCCUGGACCCAUCCAUCUCCCCGGCCACAGGAACCCCAGUAGUGGGAGGGCUGACCUACAGAGAGGGAAUCUACAUCACAGAGCACAUCUGUCAGACAGGGAUGCUGUCUGCAGUGGACAUGGUGGAGGUGAACCCAAAGAGAGGCAAGACAGAGGAUGAGAUCAGCUCCACGGUCAACACUGCAGUAGAUCUGAUACGUGGCUGCUUCGGAAAGCUCCGGGAGGGAAACCACCCUGCAGACUACAAGAUGCCCCUGCCUUGAGCUGCCAACUACCACAGAGCCUUCUAUUACAGUGAAGGGCUGUGGCCAGCACCACCUUUCUGCACUCCAAAAUCAUCUACUCCUUUUCUGUAAUCUAGUUAACAAAUUGCCUUUUCUAUCAAAUCAUGGAGAGAUUAAAAUAGAUACCAUAUUUUUUUCCCCAGAACUGCUUCAGGGUUUGGUUGGUAUGAAUAUUGUACCCUAGGUAAUAUAGGAAUACUUCUGCAGUUCCAGUCAAUUGAGUCUGGUCUGGACAAAUGUCACACUGACUCGCUCACACUGUAGUCUUCAGUGAACACUUAUUUAUUUAGAAAACAUUAAAUCUCACAUGUACAAUAUCUGGCCACACAUCCCAUUAUUACAUUUCAAAUAAAAUAAGGACUGCACCUUGGAGCAGAGGGGGCUGGUGGGAGGAUAGGCUCACGUUGUUUCCAUUCCAGACAUCGUAAUGAGCCGUCCUAUCGCCUCCCACCAGCCUCUUCUGCUUUGGAGUGUAUAUAGCCACAUUCUCUAACAGAUUUCCCAGGGUCAGCAUAGGCUUAAACUGUGGAGUGAUGCAUGGGAUUAAUAAUCCUAUUGAUUCUUAGCACCAUCUUUCAUUCAGAGAUGAUGAAAUCCUUUGAUUAUCAGACCAAUGAAUGAUCAGGUAGGAGCUUUGCUUCUGUAACAAAACGGAUGAGUCAGCACUUAGACUGCUGUAUUUCACCAAGGCAGAAAGAGGAGUUGGAGAGACGGGAGGAACAGAGGGACUCAGACACAGUGGCUUUGAAUGUCAGUGUUUAUCUGUGCAGCAGUAAUGUUUGCCCUGGAGUGAAUGACCUCAGGGCUAUUGCCCCGUGGCAGACAUGGCAUUGUAGAUAUAUGCAGCAUUUACCAUGAAUGCAAACAUUGCCUUCCGCAAUAGGGAUCAAACACUGUAUUAGAUAGUCACUGUUCUGAGACCUGCCCCAAGUGUGAUAAUAGCCCAGACCCUGUGCAUACUGUACUGUGUAAAACUCUAAGCAUGUUAAUGUUUUUUGAUGGUAAUAUUAGAACAAGUCUUUGCCCUCACAUUGAUGCUUUCCUAUCGAAUACCUCAGGUAGUACUGCCACAUUUUAAGGCGCAUAAACAACUACAACGGUCAUAAUUUAGAAGCCUGGCCUGCAUAUAGUAUCAUCCUAAUAACUAACCCUGAUUGUCAUAGUGCAACCAACCAAUAAACCUCCAUCCUUCCCAUGAGCCCUCUAUCUAGCCCCAGUCCAACCCGACACCUGUUAGAACAUCCAUUUUUGUGGCUCUGGCCAACAUCAACCCCUGAUUACAGGAUCAUUGGGUUGUCCCCCCAUUGAAGUUGAAGGUCUGAUAUGUGGGGUCAUCUGAUUCUGACCUGUUGAUGAGGGAGAGGGGGACAGUGACAGUGCAUUUAUAACUGGUCUCGGUCAUCUGUGUGCUGGGAAGCAGUGGGGGAGGAAGGGAGUGAUGGUUCAAAGGAGUGGAGGAAGGGAUUGGAGUGAUGGUUCAAAGGAGUGGAGGAAGGGAUUGGAGUGAUGGUUCAAAGGAGUGGAGGAAGGGAUUGGAGUGAUGGUUCAAAGGAGUGUUUCAGGUAGAGGAAAAGAGUAGUGCACACCAAAACAUGUAAUGUGUAGGAAGUUGAAAGGGAGAAGCAGCUGUGUUGCUUGCUCUAAUUAACUUAGUAUCUUGUAUCAAAGUCCCUGUUAAGGG